AGAUGCUGAGCCUUCAGGGGCGGAGGCGGCGGCGGCGGCGGCGGCGGCGGCUGCUGAGGUAGAGGAGAGAGCCCGAGCAGGGAGCGAGGCUAGGCAUCGAGCGGGCAGCCGAAGGCCGGGCUGGGCGGCUGGACCCGGUUCUGGCUGCGCUGCGCUGCGCUGCUCUCCCCUCGGCUCCGACGGCCUCUCCCAUGCACUGAGGGCGCCCGGCUGGGCCGGGCCGGCGGCCGGAGGGGAGGCUACUCUCCAUGGUCCAGAAGAGCAGCAUGUCCCGGGGCCCUUACCCACCCUCCCAGGAGAUUCCCAUGGAGGUCUUCGAUCCCAGCCCACAGGGCAAAUACAGCAAGAGGAAAGGACGGUUCAAACGGUCUGAUGGGAGCACUUCCUCAGAUACAACAUCCAACAGCUUUGUCCGGCAGGGCUCAGCAGAGUCCUAUACUAGCCGCCCGUCAGACUCUGACGUGUCUCUGGAAGAGGACCGGGAAGCCUUGAGGAAGGAGGCAGAGCGCCAGGCGUUAGCUCAGCUUGAGAAAGCCAAGACCAAGCCAGUAGCAUUUGCUGUGCGGACAAAUGUCGGCUACAAUCCAUCUCCAGGGGAUGAGGUGCCCGUGCAGGGAGUGGCCAUCACCUUUGAGCCUAAGGACUUCUUGCAUAUCAAGGAGAAAUACAAUAAUGACUGGUGGAUCGGGCGCCUGGUGAAGGAGGGCUGUGAGGUUGGCUUCAUCCCCAGCCCUGUCAAACUGGACAGCCUACGCCUGAUUCAGGAACAGAAGCUUCGCCAGAACCGCCUCAGCUCCAGCAAAUCAGGUGACAACUCCAGUUCCAGUCUGGGAGACGUGGUGACUGGCACCCGCCGCCCCACACCCCCUGCCAGUGCCAAACAGAAGCAGAAGUCGACAGAGCAUGUGCCCCCUUAUGACGUGGUGCCUUCCAUGAGGCCCAUCAUCCUGGUGGGACCGUCGCUCAAGGGCUAUGAGGUUACAGACAUGAUGCAGAAAGCUUUAUUUGACUUCUUGAAGCAUCGAUUUGAUGGCAGGAUCUCCAUCACUAGGGUGACAGCUGACAUUUCCCUGGCCAAGCGCUCAGUCCUCAACAACCCCAGCAAGCACAUCAUCAUUGAGCGCUCCAACACACGCUCCAGCCUGGCUGAGGUACAGAGUGAGAUUGAGCGGAUCUUCGAGCUGGCUCGGACUCUUCAGUUGGUGGCUCUGGACGCUGACACUAUCAACCACCCAGCUCAGCUCUCCAAGACCUCGUUGGCCCCCAUCAUUGUUUACAUCAAGAUCACUUCUCCCAAGGUACUUCAGAGGCUCAUCAAAUCCCGGGGGAAGUCUCAGUCCAAACACCUCAAUGUCCAAAUAGCAGCCUCGGAGAAGCUGGCACAGUGUCCUCCUGAAAUGUUUGACAUCAUCCUGGACGAGAACCAAUUGGAGGAUGCCUGCGAGCACUUGGCUGAGUAUUUGGAAGCCUAUUGGAAGGCCACGCACCCGCCCAGCAGCACACCACCCAAUCCGCUGCUGAACCGCACCAUGGCUACCGCAGCCCUGGCAGCCAGCCCUGCCCCCGUCUCCAACCUCCAGGGACCCUACCUUGCUUCCGGGGACCAGCCACUGGAACGGGCCACCGGGGAGCACGCCAGCGUGCACGAGUACCCGGGGGAGCUGGGCCAGCCCCCGGGUCUUUACCCCAGCAGCCACCCACCAGGCCGGGCAGGCACCCUGCGGGCUCUAUCCCGCCAAGACACGUUCGAUGCCGACACCCCCGGCAGCCGAAACUCUGCCUACACGGAGCUGGGAGACUCGUGUGUGGACAUGGAGACUGACCCCUCAGAGGGGCCAGGGCCUGGAGACCCUGCAGGGGGCGGCACCCCUCCAGCCCGACAGGGCUCCUGGGAGGAUGAGGAAGAAGACUAUGAGGAGGAGCUCACUGACAACAGGAACCGCGGCCGGAAUAAGGCCCGCUACUGCGCAGAUGCCGGGGGUCCGGUUCUUGGGCGCAACAAGAAUGAGCUGGAGGGCUGGGGGCGAGGCGUCUAUAUCCGCUGAGAGGACAGGGCUGCCCAGUGGGAGGAAGGGCUCUGAGCCCUGGGGAGGGGAGGGACAGAGGGGCUCAUCACCUGAGACGUGUCCUGCCUCCAGGGGGCGCUGUCUCCCUCCAUUCAGAUGCCUUGGCUCAAUGUUUGGGGUUUCUUUGGUGAUAUCAUCCCAGCUCCUGAGAGGCCCUUGAGCCCCAGCUGUAGGCUUACCCCUACCUGCUGUAGAUGGAUGGGGGAUAUCCACCUUUCUGAAGUGUCCCCUUUCCCCCAUCUUAGGGGGCUCUCCUCCCAGAGAAAAGGUGCACUUCCUUAACUUUCUACUCUGGGUUCUAAUUGAAGGUCCUAAAUGGGGCGACCCUUCUUUUUCCCAAACUGGUGUAUUUGGAGAGUUGGGCGUUUUUCUUGAGAGGGAGGACACAGAAUCUUCCCCAUGGGGCUCUCUCUCAAACCCCAGAUCCAGGGUCCCUCACCAUGCCCACCCCCUGCCCCGGUUUCCUGGCAGCAUUGUCGGGUAGGUGAAAGGUAUAACAUGGAGACCAGUAACGAGCUCGCCUUUGGGGGAGGGGUUAGGGUGGAAAAUGACAGGCUCAGCUGCCCUCUUGGCCUUGGCCAUGCAGGGGCUUAGAACCCUAGAGCCCUGAGGAGUGGGUGACCCGACAUGCUGCUACCCACCCCCACCUCCAUGCCUCAGCUCUCACCUACCCCAGGAAUGAGCUUUGCCUACGACAUCCCCUGCCUGCUGCCAUCAGAAGAAGGGGGCCCUCUGCAUCUGAGCCCCCCAACUCCAUGCCAUUGGGUGUGGAGACCAUGGAACACUCUGGUCCACCUCAUUCUAAACCAAAAAAACUGCUCCUUCACCUUCAUCCUGAGGUCCCAGGAGAGAAGCCCUGUGGGUUGGUGUCCAGGAAAUGACCACCAUCCUGGGGUUGCCUGGUCACCUGGGGACCUCAGAUCUCCCCUGGGGGGCUUGGCUGCUGCUGCUGCUUCUCUAUAUUUGCCUCUUGUGAUCCUGUCCUUCAUUGGUGUCCACUUCCCCCAGGAGAGGCCUUGGUAGCCCCUGGGGCACCCUCUGCCCCCGCACCCCCACAGCCUAGCAGCCGUGCCCCUCCCCAGCAUCCCAGCUGGGCCAGAGAGAGCCGAUUGUGCCAACGAGGACUGGGCCCUGCCCGGCUGCCCACCUCAGGGAUGGGCACCUCAGGCCUGUCUCGCCACCUCCUGUGCCAAUGUUGUCGUGCCCCCACGUGGGGUGGGGUGCAGCUUCCACUUACUGGUUAGAAGACACCACUGCCUGAUCUUUCCCUCUCCCUGUCUGGUGUCCUGUGCCCCAUCUGUCUGUCUACUUGUCUGUACUCUUCUAGGAGAAGUAUUUUGCCACAUAUAAAACCGCCGUCCAGUCCUUUGCGGCCA